UGGCCUGUUUCAAAAUCCAGACUAGAAAGGUCAUUUAAUGGCAGUGCAAAAGAAUGUUUUGCCAUAUUUAAAUACAAUAAUGCAUUCUUUUUCCUUCAUACUUGAAUUCUUCAUCCAGGCCUUUGUGAGUGCAUGGGAGAAAGCAUGUUCUUUGAAUAAUGCAGUAUUCUUGAUCCCAGAACAGCGCAUUUAUAAGGUUAACGCCACCAAAUUCAGGGGGCCAUGCCAAGGCAAACUAAUCAUCCAGAUAGCUGGAACAAUUGUAGCCCCGGAAGAGCCCAGAAACUGGGAUCCUAAAAAUCCAAGGCUUUGGAUAGUUUUCUCAAACCUGGAGGGGGCCAGGAUCCAGGGUGGAGGGGUCAUCGACGGAUCCGGCAGUAAAUGGUGGGCUUCCUCUUGCAAAAUCAACAAGACAAAUCCAUGCAGAGGAGCACCAACGGCAAUGACCAUCGACUCAAGCUCAAAGGUAAGGGUGAAGGGCCUUACCAUACAGAGUGCACAACAGAUGCAUUUCACCAUUUCUAGAUCUGUAGCUAUACGGAUUUCUGGUGUCCGAGUUGAUUCUCCACCAGAUAGCCCCAACACAGAUGGCAUACACAUCAGUGAGUCCACCGAUAUAUCCAUUCAGAAUUGCCGCAUUGGAACAGGAGAUGAUUGCAUUUCGAUCGUGAAUGCCAGCUCAAACAUAAAGAUGAAGAACAUUGAUUGUGGACCAGGACAUGGAAUAAGCAUAGGAAGCCUUGGGAAGGAUAAUUCUGUCGGCAUAGUUACGGGCAUUGUCCUAGACACAGCAACACUCACAGGAACUACAAAUGGCCUAAGAAUCAAAACCUGGCAAGGGGGAUCAGGUUAUGUUAGAUCUGUUCGAUUCGAAAAUGUUAAGAUGGAUGAUGUUGAAAACCCAAUCAUCAUUGAUCAGUUUUAUUGUGACUCAACAAAAGCUUGCAAUAACAAGACAGAAGCAGUAAAGAUAAGCCAAGUAAUGUAUAGAAACAUCAGUGGGACUUCAAGAACUUCUAAAGCCAUGAAAUUUGCAUGCAGUGACACAGUGCCAUGCAGCAACAUAGUUUUGAACAACAUAAACCUAGAGAGAGAAAACGGAACUGCAGAGACCUAUUGCAACUGCGCAAUGGGGUUUGAUUAUGGAUUUGUAAGGCCAGCGGCAGACUGCCUACGCAAUGAUGAUAGCUCAAGUUGCAGUGGUGGUUCAGUAAACAAUAACAGGAAGCAUGGGCAAGUCAAUACAGAACUAUGAGCGAAAGUAUUAAUUGAAACAAACUAAGCUUAACAUAUAGUCGAUGAAGUAUUGUUAGAAUAGACCUUAGGGUGCCUUGUUAACAUAGCCACAUGAACCCUGAUACAAUCCAUAAGUAUGAACUUUAUUCUCAGAGAUCCAUGUAUUCAUUAUUUGACAGAACAAAUUACAAAUGGAAUUUGAUAUGGUCUAUAUAA